AUGAGCUGCGGGGCUGAGUCCCCUGAAGCAACUCCGACGGUCAAGUCAGAACAGACUUUUCGAGAGGGAGAAGUACCUGAUGAACUACAAGCAAUUAGAGAGAGAGUAAUCGAAAGAUGUGAUGGUCUACCAUUGGCUGCAAGUGCAAUCGGAGGUCUAUCAUCUUUACAUAUAAAAGAGGAGUGGCGAUCAAUUUUGGAGAAUAGGCUUUCGAGUUUGAGUGGAGAUGAAGAUCGUGUGAUGCAAAUACUUAAGUUGAGUUUUGAUAAUUUGCCAUCUCCAUACGUUAAGAAAUGUUUUGCAUAUUGUUCUAUAUUUCCUAAGGAUACUGAGAUGAAAGGAGAUAUGCUAAUCGAACUUUGGAUGGCAGAAGGUUUCCUCCAAGCAGACGUCAACAGCCAAAUGAUGAUGGAGGAAAUUGGAAUUAAUUAUCUGAGAAUUUUAUUGCAGAGUUCAUUGUUUGAAGAAAUAAUUGAUGAGUCAGAAACAUCAACAUCUUAUAAGAUGCAUGAUCUGGUCCACGACCUUGCAGAGUCAUUGUCAAAGUCUUCCAAAGUCAUUAAUGAUCGGGAUAUAUGUACAGUAGACAAUGGUGAUCAGAUUCGUUACCUUGCAAUAGACUCAUCUGGUGGCAGAGAAGACAAAGAAAAACUUUUGGAGAGUCUAUCAACUUCACUUCAUACAUUGUUCAUAACAUUGACGCUAAGUCGCUCAGAAGUUAUAGAUCUUCCGAAGGGGAUGCGCGAUUUGAUUAGCUUGAGGCAUCUCCACUUUUACACCACUAAUAAUAAUAAAGAAUUUCAAAUGCCACUGAAUAUGGACGGCUGA